CUGAAGCUGUUUAUACGGACACAUAGGCUACGGCAUCUUAUAGAAUAUGCCUCACUAUUUUUUUAAGGGCGAAUUGACUGAAAACGAGAUGUUUUUGUAUAAAGGUUAGUAGUGGAACUUGGGUAGCCGAAGUCUUGGGCGUUUCUCCACUUUUGUUCAUUUCUUUUCGAAUUGCUAAACAGCCGACGCUGAGCGCAUCUGAUCUUCCCGAGCUCCCGGCGCUGAUGAGGGCUUUGUCGGUGUGAUCAGUGCGCGAUGGCCGCUUCGGGCGGACAGAAGAGUGAGAAGUUAGAUGAAGCUCAGGCUCUAGCGAGGAGUUGCGCAGGGCGACCGGACUUUCUGCCCUGUGAUGGACUAUCCAUCUGCGCCACACACAGCCACGGGAAGUGUUUCAAGCUGCACUGGUGCUGUCAUCUGGGCUGGUGCCACUGUAAAUACGUCUACCAACCCAUGACCAGUGUAUGCCAACUUCCCAGCACACUGGUUCCAGUUGCCCCCUCAGGUCACACCCACACCAUGAACCUAUCCAUCUCGCUGGCUGAACGCUUUCUUAGGACGGCUCCCAAGUUCCGGGCUCCACCCUGCCUAGAGUCUCCCAAAUUCUGCAUCAUCUCUGACCUCUUUGUGGAUGAUUACAUGGUCAAACGUAUCAACGGUAAGAUGUGUUAUGUGCAAAGGCCGCCUCCACCUGCACCGAAUCCCACACACCAACCCCAAACGCCGGCAUCUCAACCUGCAACCCAACAUACCAACAAGCACAGACAGCAAGUGGGCCCAACUGUUAAACACGGUCAACCAAACGAGAAGACCUCAGGCCCUAAAAUGGACCACUGCUCCUCUCCCUCCAGCUCAGAAGACUCUGGAAUAAAUGCAUUGGGUCUGCACUACAUGGAAUCAUGCGAUGAGGACUCCUGCAUGGAUGAUGAUGAUGAUGAGGAAGAAGAUGAUGACGAGCUGAGUACUGAUGGGGACUCCAGUCCCGGUAGCCUCUGGGACCAGGAUGAGUGCACUUUACUGUCACCGUCCAAAUCAAUGGUUGAGAUCAUUGAGAAGAUUGAGACUACUGUUUGACAUGCCUUUCAGUUAAUGCCACAGUGGGAAUUCUUUAGUCACGGAAACACUUCCCUACACUAUCCUAUCUGCAGGUGCAUGAGUUCAAUGAGCCAGUACAAGCACACACUCCCUGUUAUGGCAAUGCCAUCCGAGGUUGUCCCAGAAAAACCUUUAAGAGUUGAGUCAUGGAGACUUCCUGUACUUACUACAACUCUCAUUUUCCCUAUAGUCUGUUACGCAUGGUGAGGCUAAUGUAGGUUACACUCAAGUAAGUGCGCUGACAUACACAUAUCGUCAGAACUAUGACCAAAUGGGACUCGAUACAUGAUAGAAUAUUUCAUGGAUGAACAGAUGUAUCAAAGUUAAACUCAAAAACAUGAGGCUACCCAGGGUAUGUCUCUCCCUUGAGAGCUCAGCCACACUCUGUCCAAUGCACAGAAGUGGAAGAGAGGAUGGCUGAUGCAAUAUGGAUAGAUCUAGACUAAGACGGUCUGUGUGUGUUAGGAGGAUGGAGAGUGCUACAAAGAUAUAAGGAAAAAGAGUGAGGCAGAGAGAGAGGCUUUCAACGUCCUGUUAGCAGGAUCAGUUAGAACAGUGGCUAAAUCAUGCAUGAGCUCAGAGGACGGUAAUGAAACUUUGUGAUGAAAGGCGAUUGAAACUCAGCGCUUGAGGGAAUGCCCUUUCGCUCAAACUCUCUCACACACAGAGAUUCCCUAGAGGCUAAGGCAAGGGUACAUGAGGGUUUCUUGUCUGGCACCAGACUAUGUGGGAAGGACCCAUCUUCAUAGUCCUCGAGGUUUGUGGCUUCUUUAGGAGUGGCAUACAACUUUUUGACAAUCAGUUAUAGAAAAAGUAGGUUUAAGAUGAAUUGAGAAAGAGGAAAGAAUAAAAUUGUGUAAUUUGUUUCCCAGGAACUUCAUGGUGAUCUUUGUUCCAUUUUGUCAUGCACCUGUACCACUUUGUUUGAAGUAUGUGGUGUUACUGUACAUCGACAAAGCCAAAGGACUGCUUAGGGGCCAUUCACACAAGGGACAGGGUCUUGUACAUCUGCAUUAUUUUUUUUUAUUGUUGGUCUAUCUAAUUGUGAUAGACAGAUGUUAUUUGUCUUUACAGAACAUCUCACUGUUUGUUUGUUUGUUUUACUGCAGAAGAAAAAAAAAAGUCAUACAGGUUUGGAACGACUAAAAGGUCAGUAAAUGAUGAUAGAUUUUUUGGAUGAACCAUCCCUUUAAUAUGCCACAUCAAGUUAUGACUGUUUUAAAACAGAACAAAUUUGAGGAUUUAGGCAGGAUAUGUUCAUUUAAAUAUGGACAAGUGUAUUGAGGGUUUAUAUUAGCAACAAUGUACAGGAAGUAAUGCUCCAGUAACAUUUACAUUCAUGCAUUUUGGAGACACGGUUUACAAAGCUUGCAUUGCAUUCAAGGUAUAACAUUUUUGAGUUUGUGCAUUCCAAGGGAAUCAAACCCAUGGCCUUGGUGUUUCUAGUGCCAGGUCUGAUCAGGAAUGCUAUAAACCAGCCUUCAGGUCAGUUCCGUUGCCCCUGUCUAGCUGUAUUUAACGCAAGAACACACCCAGUGUGAAGGGCCCCUUAGUGUCACUGAAAUCACAUCUUUGAGACCUUCUCUGGCUGCAACAGUUUCAGUUAUUCUUAAGGGUCUAAGAACAUUUAUUCCAUUCAGACUUGACAUAGAAUCUCCAGGUCUCAUUUAAUACUUGUAUUCAAGUUCAUCUUAUUGUAUUGAGACCAAAAAUAAGACAACCCAAGCACAGUUACAGACUGGCCAAAAAUGGAGGGAAAAAAGUAUGUCAGGACCUGUGUGUCAUGAAGUGCUUCUUUACCCUGGUUCAUUAAGCACAUGAAACCACUCCAAUGUGUUUGUUUCUGUGUUGACUUGA